AUGGAUUAUCAGUUGAUCAUGAUGUUUGGAGCCCUUGUUGCAUCUGUCUUGGGGUUGCUUUUCUUGCAAAGUCUUAGAGGAAAGAAAAAGAGUGGAGAUGCUUCAAUGAAUAUUGAAAGAAAUGAACGCUCGAAGAAAUCAGAAAAUGUAACACACCAUUCCGAGGUUGCUGGAAGCACAGAUGUAAUUAUUGUUGGUGCUGGAGUUGCAGGUUCAGCUCUAGCUUACACUCUUGCAAAGGAUGGUCGCCGAGUGCAUGUGAUUGAAAGAGACUUAACUGAACCUGACAGAAUUGUUGGUGAACUCCUACAACCAGGUGGCUACCUCAAGUUGGUACAGUUGGGUCUUGAAGAUUGUGUGAAUACAAUUGAUGCACAAGAAGUUUUUGGAUAUGCUCUCUUCAAAGAUGGAAAAAGCAAUAAAGUAUCUUAUCCCUUAGAGAACUUCAAUUCAGAUAUUUCUGGAAGAAGCUUUCACAAUGGCCGUUUCAUUCAAAGAAUGAGAGAAAGAGCUGCCUCCCUAUCCAAUGUAAGUUUGGAACAAGGAACUGUAACAUCUCUAAUUGAAGAAGAGGGGACAGUUAAAGGGGUCACAUACAGAAACAAGACAGGCCAAGAGCUGACAACAUAUGCUCCCCUCACUGUAGUAUGUGACGGCUGCUGUUCAAACUUCCGCCGCUCUCUCAGCAAACCUAAGGUUGAAAUCCCAUCCUGUUUUGUUGGUUUGAUCCUGGAGAAUUGUGAGCUUCCAUACAAAAAUCAUGGGCAUGUCAUAUUGGCAGAUCCUGCGCCAAUCUUGUUUUAUCCAAUUAGUAGUACUGAAAUUCGCUGCCUAGUAGAUGUACCAGGCCAGAAAGUACCAUCCAUUUCAAAUGGUGAAAUGAGAAAUUAUUUAACAACUGUGGUGGCUCCUCAGAUUCCUGGUGAACUUUGCUCUGCUUUCAUGACUGCAAUUGACAAAGGAAACAUAAGAACAAUGACUAAUAGAAGCAUGCCUGCUGCCCCGUCUCCAACUCCCGGUGCUCUUUUGUUGGGGGACUCAUUCAAUAUGCGACAUCCUCUGACUGGAGGAGGAAUGACUGUGGCUUUAAAUGAUAUUGUUGUCCUAAGGGAUUUGCUCAGGCCUCUUGGCGAUUUAAAUGAUGCAAGUGCCCUUUGCAAGCAUCUUGAAUCUUUCUACACCCUUCGUAAGCCAGUGGCAUCUACAAUAAAUACAUUGGCAGGUGCCCUCUAUAAGGUUUUCUGUGCAUCGUCUGAUCCAUCAAGAAAUGAAUUGCGUCAAGCAUGUUUUGACUAUUUGAGCCUUGGAGGUGGUUUCACGAAUGGACCAAUAUCUAUACUAUCUGGUCUAAAUCCUCGUCCACUCAGUUUGGUUAGCCAUUUUUUUGCUGUUGCAAUUUAUGGCGUGGGACGUUUAUUACUUCCCUUUCCAUCGCCCAAACGUAUGUUGAUCGGUGUUAGAUUGAUUUUGGAUGCAUCAAGUAUAAUAUUCCCAAUUAUAAAAGCUGAAGGUGUAAAAGAGAUGCUCUUCCCUGCAAGCAUGCCAACAAAUUACGCAGUUCAAGAUCUAUGCUUAAGUUAGAUGAAGAAAUGUGUGAAUCAUCAAACUAUUUUUAUUAUAUUUGUUCUAAAAAUAUGACAGAAAGUUUCAAUUGAAUUUAAACUAGUCAUUCUUUGUACAAUGUAAACUAUUUAUUAACAUGCCUUUUACAAUGGA